AUGGAGCUGAACAUGCAGAACUACAGGUGGAUGCUUGUUGCCAUCUCAGCUGUCACUUUGGUCCUGCACUCUCUCCUCUUGCUGACCCUUUACAUCACACUCAGCAGAAAAAUAGGGAGCAGUGACACAUCUUCGGAGACUUCGGAGGACUCAUCUGAGAGCCCUUCCCACCCACAGGGCCCUGGCUCAGAAGAAAACCUCAACUACACAUCCCUCAUCUUCCAGGCGAAAGGCCGUGGGAAUUCAGGCUCCAUUAGGGACUAUGAGAACAUGAAAUCUGGGCUGGACUAUGUCAAUGUGGACCCAAAGAAGAAGAAAGCCCAUCUCUGGCCCUGCCCCAGCCCUGGGACAUCCAAGUCAGUUGAGUACACCGAGGUGAAGCUGUGA